GUCCGGCGGGGGCGCAGCACGCACUCACACUGGGCGGCAGUGGCUGCACGAAUGAUGGAGGCCUGUGAGUGCUCCAUUGUUACGUAAUGGAGUCUGUGCCUAGAGCCUUGAUUUUUAUUAUUACUAUUAUUAUUAUUUGACAGGCAGAGUGGACAGUGAGAGAGACAGAGAGAAAGGUCUUCCUUUUUGCCGUUGGUUCAACCCCCAAUGGCCGCUACGGCUGGCGCACUGCGCUGAUCCGAAUCCAGGAGCCAGGUGCUUCUUCUUGGUCUCCCAUGCAGGUGCAGGGCCCAAGCACUUGGGCCAUCCUCCACUGCACUCCCGGGCCACAGCAGAGAGCUGGAAUGGAAAAGGAGCAACCGGGACAGAAUCCGGCGCCCAGACUGGGACUAGAACCCCGGGUGCCGGCGCCGCAGGCGGAGGAUUAGCCUAGUGAGCUGUGGGGCCGGCCUGGAGCCUUGAUUAUUAAAGAUACCAUGCUGAAGUAUUACCUGAAGAGAUGCUACUCUUUUUGCAAACCACCCUUAAAAUAGGUUUUCAAGUUGAGGUACAUAAUUCACAUACCGGAAACUUUGCCCUUUUGAAGGUGUACAGUGUGGUGUGCUCACAAGGCUGCUCAUCCCUCACCACUAAUUCUAGAACUUUUUCAUCACCCCAAAAAGAAGCUUCAUACCCACUGCUGUCCUUCCCGGGUUCUCCUCCCCUCAGCUCUAGCUAACGGUCAACCCCCUUUGUAGGUUUACCUGUUGUAGGUAGUGUCUGCACUAGAAUCACGUGGUAUGUGGGCUUCUGUGACUGACUGCCACUUAGCCUGGUGUUUCACGUGUUACCCACGCUGCCUCUAUCAGUACAGCAUUCGUUUCUGUACCCGAACAGUUUUCCUGUGUGUGUGCCACGGUUGUUCCUCCAUUCACCUGGUGCUGGCCGUCCGGUAGUCUCUACAUUCAGUCCUCAGGAUAUUGGUGCUGUCCUGGGUGCAGAUGUGUGUGACCCAAGUCUGGGUUUCCAAGGUCAUGAAAAGACAGUGUUGGGUUUAGUGGCUUUUUGUAGUAAUCUUUUCCCCCUCUCACUUUCAGACCCUCUUGGAAGCUUAGGAUCUCUCACACUUCUGAAUGUCAGCGAGUGAAAAUGCCGAUAGACGAUGAAACGUCUGAGGAAGACUCGGAUUCAGUUUCCUCAAACAGUGAAAGAACCUUUAUUUUCAAAUAAAAGAGUAUAACAGUUUGUACACUAUGGAAGAUUUUGAUUUGGUAAAAACGAUACAACGAACAUCUUCUGUGGAAUCUGAUAACAAAAAUUCUCCCCAUUCUCUUGGACUUAACAUAAACUCUAAUAGAAGUAGUCACCACCUUAGUACCAAUGGGGUAUCCUCUUUCUCAGGGAAGACCGGGCCCUCUGUCAUUCAAGGCACAGUUGAAGUCCUAACCUCUUUCAUGCAAGAGCUGCAAAACAGUGGAAAGACAGAUUCGGAGCUUUGGAAAAACUGUGAGGCCAGGUGGUUACAGCUAUUCAGUUUGGUGGAAAAGCAAUGCCAAGAACAGAUUGUUGCCCAGCAGGAACAGUUCCACAACCAAAUUCAACGUAUACAGGAAGAGAUAAAAAAUUUAGUCAAGCUGCAGACCAGUAAUGCUUCCUGGGUUUCCUGUGAGAGAAGUUCUUCCAGCAAACAAGCAUCUUCAGAAAGUCAAAUGGGUUUUUUUUCUGAAAGCAGUGAAAGAAAUGAAUCUGUUGUCAGCUACCCUAAGUCGAAAGAACCUGAGAUGCAGCACGAAACGUCCACAUCACAACCAGACUGCAACGUGGAUAGCAGCUCAGUGAGCAGUGGCUAUGGUACCUUCUGUGUCUCAGAAUUAAAUAUUGACAAGUCCAAGGACGCCCAGGAGUUCAUGGAGCACCCAGAUGUUUCUAAAGGACCGUGUGGGGCACCAGUGGUGCAGACAGAUGCACUUGUGGGUGGCAUGAAAAGCAAGAAAUGUUACAUACAGACCACCAGAGAGUUUUGUGACUCUUUAAAGGAAGAGUGUUCCAUUUUUCCUGGUGAAUUUGAACAUAAUUUUCUUGAGGAAAAUAAGAUUUCUGAAGUAUACAGUGGGAAAACAAACAGUAAACCUAUAACAUCAUGGGCACAAAAGCUGAAGCAGAACCAACCAAAGAGGGCACAUGUAGAAGAAGGCUGUUCAAGAUCUAAGCGAGGAAGUGAACACAGCAAGAAGUUACCAGUUGAGAAAGUACAUCAGCAGGAAGCUGGAUCAGAAGUGGAGCAGCUGGGAUGUGAGCUGACGCCCACAUGGCAUGCUGGUGUUGCAGGUGGUGACUUAACCUGCUGUGCCACAGGGCUGGCCCCAGUAUCUGAUUUUGCUGCUGUCCCACAUCCUCGUGCUUUUUGCCUCAGUAAACCAGAUGAAAGCCCGACUGCCUGGGUGUCUGCCUCAGGAACAGGACUGACAUACUGGAAGCUGGAGGAGAAGGACUUGUAUCACUCUUUGCCUGACACUUUAGAGAAGACGUUUGUCCCCACCCCGUCCACGGAUCUGUCACCUAGACAGGUCCUGACUCUGGAUUCAGCACUGCCCAUGAAGCCGAGUCCACAGGCUUCAGGAGUGCAACCACAGGACUUUCUGAGUGCCCUCGAUGACAGAAUAUCCUUUUCCCCAGAUUCUGUUCUAGAACCUAGCGUGUCUAGUCACUCUGACAUAGACUCAUUUUCACAAGCAAGUAACACUGCUCCUGGAUUCCCAAAAUAUCCUUCAAAGACCAAAGCUUCACCAGUGGACUCUUGGAAGAAUCAUGCAUUCCAAAACGAAAGUAGGAGCAGUUCCACGUUCCCCUCGGUGUACACUGUUGCUAGUAAUGACCUCUCAGUCAACACUGUAGACGAAGAAAACACUGUCUUGGUAGCUUCGGCCUCUGUCAGUCAGUCCCAGCUUCCAGGUACAGCCAACAGUGUCCCAGAAUGCAUUUCAUUGACUUCCUUGGACGAUCCUGUGAUAUUGUCUAACAGGAUCAGGCAGACGCUGAAAGAGAAGCACGCGCGGCAUGUGGCCGAUCUGCGGGCUUACUACGAGUCAGAAACUGCUAGUCUGCGACAGAAGCUGCAGGCAAAGGAGAUUUCUGCAGUUGAAGACUGGAAGAAAACCAAUCAGAUUCUUGUAGACAGAUGUAGCCAAUUAGAUAAUGCUUUGAAUGAAGCUACUUGUCGUGUGAGAACACUUGAAAAUAAGAAUAACUUACUGGAAAUAGAGGUGAAUGAUUUGAGGGAACGCUUCAGUGCAGCCAGCAGUGCCUCCAAAAUUUUGCAGGAACGAAUUGAGGAGAUGAGAACAAGUAAUAAAGAAAAAGACAACACCAUCAUGCGGCUAAAGUCUAGACUGCAAGAUCUAGAAGAAGCCUUUGAGAACGCCUACAAACUCUCAGAUGAUAAAGAAGCUAGGCUGAAACAAGAAAACAAAAUGUUUCAAGAUCUUUUAGGAGAGUAUGAAUCCCUUGGAAAAGAACACAGUCGAGUGAAGGAUACAUUAAAUACAACUGAGAACAAAUUGCUUGACGCACAUACUCAGAUUUCUGAUUUGAAAAGAACAAUUUCAAAACUUGAAGCUCAGGUCAAGCAAGUCGAGCAUGAAAAUAUGUUGAGUCUUCGCCAUCAUUCUAAAGCUCACGUGCGACCCUCCCGUGCCAACACAGUAGCAACUGCAGACGUCAGCAGGCGGAAGUGGCUGAUACCAGGUGCAGAGUACUCUAUCUUCACUGGGCAGCCCCUGGACAGCCGGAGCCAAGUGGACGGCCAGCUGGAGGAAACCUGUGUUCCUGGGUACUGUUCUCCUCCAGAAAAGGAUUCCUCUCCUGGAAGUUCACCAACAAGCUUAAAAAAACAGAGAGAGACCUCAGACACAGCAGUCAUGAAAGCCCUAAAAGAACUUGAUGAGGAGAAGAUAUUUAAGAACUGGGGGACACAAACAGAGAAGGAGGGUACCUCAAACAUGAAUCCCCGGCACACAGAAACUUCAGUCAGUGCAAGUCGCUCCCCAGAGAAAUGUGCCCAGCAGAGACAGAAGAGACUCAACUCCGCCUCACAGAGGUCUUCGUCUUUGCCGCCUUCAAACCGCAAGCCAAGCACCCCAACAAAAAGAGAGAUUAUGUUAACACCAGUGACUGUGGCUUAUAGUCCAAAGCGAUCCCCUAAGGAAAAUUUGUCCCCAGGAUUUAGUCAUCUACUUAGCAAAAACGAAAGCAGUCCAACUCGAUUUGAUAUACUUUUGGAUGAUUUAGAUACUGUUCCUGUGUCUACAUUACAACGAACCAAUGCAAGAAAACAACUCCAGUUUCUUCCUCUAGAUGACCCGGAAGAAAAAAAAUAUUCAGAAAAAGCCACAGACAACCUUGUUAAUCAUAGCUCUUGCCCCGAACCAUUGCCAAAUGGAAUGAAGAAAGCACCUGUGAGACCAGCCUGGGAGAAGUGUAAACUAGUUGGCCAGGAACAGUGUGAGCUGGUUCCUGUAACACCACAGGGUACUGACUUUGAAUAUACUGCAAAAAUUAGAACCCUAGCUGAAACGGAACGCUUUUUUGAUGAACUGACAAAAGAAAAGGACCAGAUUGAGGCAGCACUAAGCCGAAUGCCUUCUCCUGGAGGACGAGUCACUUUACAGACAAGGUUAAAUCAGAGAUUUUGUCAUUUGAUACCUGUGUGAAAGGGGUCCCCCAGCCCUGGUGAUGAGUGACGGCCCUGGUGACAAGUGAUGCACUCUGGUUUCCUCUGGUUGUGUCCUCAGCUCAGCAAUGUCAGAGGGAGCCCCUUCUAGUUGGUUGUUUUGCUGUUAUUAGAAUUUCCAUGUCCUCUGGCCGGCGCGCGGCUCAAUAGGCUAAUCCUCUGCCUUGCGGCGCCGGCACACCGAGUUCUAGUCCCGGUCGAGGCGCCGGAUUCUGUCCCGGUUGCCCCUCUUCCAGGCCAGCUCUCUGCUGUGGCCCGGGAGUGCAGAGGAGGAUGGCCCAAGUCCUUGGGCCCUGCACCCGCAUGGGAGACCAGGAGAGGCACCUGGCUCUAGGCUUCGGAUCAGCGCAGUGCACCGGCCGCGGCGGCCAUUGGAGGGUGAACCAACGGUAAAGGAAGACCUUUCUCUCUCUCUCUCUCUCUCUCUCUCUGUCUCUCUCUCACUAUCCACUCUGCCUGUCAAAAAAAAACCAAAACAAAAACAAAAAAAAAGAAUUUCCAUGUCCUCAGUGUGCCAGACAUGUUGAAAAUAUUUUAAAGCGCAGCAGUUACUUUGAAUGGUUGAAAAUCUGAUUCACGUUAUUCAGUUUUAAAGAAAGAAUAUAAAUAAGAUGCUUUGUAUUACAGAGCAAAAUAGCUAUGUAUAAUUUUAAUGUUUAUACUUGCUAUUUUGCUAAAAGGUCAAUUUGAUGGUAAU